AAACUCUCCAUUGAAGCCUUCGAAGUUCCAAAUAAACCUCGGGAAGCAAGCCGUCGAGCUCAUCUUCCUUCCUUUCCUUCAAUGGCCAAUCAGUCCUCCUCCUCUUCCUCCUCCUCCUACCCAAUUCUCUGCGCUUCCUUCAAUCAGGACGCCAGUCACUUUGUGAUAGGCACAAGGGAAGGUUUUAAAGUAUUUGAUUCGAAUACAGGGAGGCUUUGUUACGAGCGAGCUAUUGGAGCCUUCAUUGUUGUCGAAAUGCUGUUUACCUCCAGUCUUCUUGCGAUUGUUGGAGCUGGUGAACAGCCAUCUUUAUCACCCCGUCGUCUUUGUUUGUUCAAUAUAACAACUGGAACUGCUCUCCGAGAAUUGAAUUUUUUAACUUCAAUACUUGCUGUUCGCAUGAAUAAGGAAAGGCUCAUUGUCAUUUUACAAGAUAAAACGUAUGUGUAUGACAUAAAUAAAGUAAAAAUAUUGGACGCUAUUGAUACGGUGCCAAAUCUAAAAGGGCUCUGUGGGUUCUCUCCCAGUUUAGAUGGUUGCUUCUUAGCUCUUCCUGCCAGCAUCACCAAAGGGUCUGUGUUGUUGUACAAUGUCAUGGAGCUCCAAUCACAUUGUGAGAUAGAUGCUCAUCGUGCACCUCUGGCUGCAAUUGUCCUAUGUUCCAAUGGGAUGUACAUAGCAACUGCUUCUGAACAGGGAACCAUAAUCAGAGUCCAUUUGGUUUCUGAUGCAACUAAGUCAUAUAGUUUUCGAAGGGGGACAUACCCAUCAACAAUAUUUUCCUUGUCAUUUGCACCAUCUAUGCAAAUUCCAGAUAUUCUUGUGGCCACAAGUUCGUCAGGUUCUCUUCAUGUUUUCUCUUUGGGGUUUGCUUUAAAUCAAAGAAGCAGGAAAUUUCUUGGAUCAAUAAUUCCCGACUCCAUUACUGAUGCACUGGAUCCAGCUCACCGUCAUGUACUUCAUAGUGCUGUUACAGCAGGAGUCAAAAGCAAUGCAGUGAUUCGCAAAGUUGACAAGGUUGCCGAUGCAUCUACACCUGGAAUUGCAUCUUGCAAGGCCACGAUAUCUAUAAUAACCUACAAUGGGUACUUCCAGGAAUACAGCUUUAGGCUGAACUAUCAGAAUGAGCCUUUGUGGACUUUGGAGCAUGAAUUUAAUCUUUUAUCACCAGUCUCAGAUAAUGCCAGCUCGUGAUCAAAUGUCACACAGACACACCUAUGCUCAAAGCUUGUAUGGCGAGAAACCGUGAUGGACGACAAAGACUUCAAGAAACGAUUAUGCCACAUAUGUUGAUAUGGUUACAUUGUACUUCUCCUUUGGUUAAGAAUUGGUCUGUUAGCCCUAACUAUGUGCAGAAGUAGGAAUUCAAUCUAAAGAUUGUCCAUGUAAAUAUUACUUUCACACUCAUUCUAUGAUAAUUUUAUGUACCCUCGUUAUCAUUUA